GGGGAAUUUCGAGUAGAAGGACUGGGCGGCAGGCCGGUAGCUGGUGGCCUUGUCAGGUGCGACCAUGGAGACCCUGGCCGAGCCAAGGUGGCCUCCGGGGCUGUCGAUGAUGAAGACAAUAGAUGAUUUGCUACGCUGUGGGAUUUGCUUCGAGUAUUUCAACAUUGCAGUGAUAAUUCCCCAGUGCUCUCAUAACUAUUGUUCUCUCUGUAUAAGAAAAUUUUUGUCCUAUAAAACUCAGUGCCCAACUUGUUGUGUGGCAGUAACAGAACCAGACCUGAGAAAUAAUCGUCUUUUAGAUGAACUGGUAAAAAGCAUGAAUUUUGCACGGACUCGCCUGUUGCAGUUUGCUUUAGAGUCACCACCCAUAUCUCCUGUGUCUUCCACCUCAAAGAAAGUUGUUGCUAAAGUGCAUAAUGCUGAAGCCACCAAACACCCUGUCAAACAGGGGAGCAGGCUGAUGGACAAGUUCCUGAUAAGAGAGACGGGGGGAAAAGAAAAUGACAGGAAGUAUAGCCCGCAAAAAGAGAUAAGCACCUCUACUGAGGCUAAAGAGACAAGUCUCGAGGGAAAGACAGUACUUGGUCCCUCGGAUGCUAAUGGACCUGUGACACCCUCUACAUCCACCAUGAAACUGGAAAAUAAAGUGUCUUGUCCCGUUUGUGAGGUCAGCAUUUCAGAAAAUCACAUCAAUAAGCAUUUAGACAGUUGCUUGACACGUGGAGAGAAGAAAGAGAGUCUUCGAAGUUCUGCUCACAAAAGGAAGCCACUGCCAAAAACAGUGUAUAAUUUGCUCUCUGAUCGUGAUUUAAAGAAAAAGUUGAAACAGUAUGGCUUAUCCAUUCAAGGAAACAAGCAGCAGCUUAUUAAAAGGCACCAAGAAUUUGUACACAUGUAUAAUUCCCAAUGUGAUGCUUUGCAUCCUAAAUCAGCUGCUGAAAUAGUCCAAGAAAUUGAAAACAUGGAGAAGACCAGGAUGCGCCUUGAAGCAAGUAAACUCAAUGAAAAUGUCAUGGUUUUUACAAAGGACCAGACAGAGAAGGAGAUAGAUGAAAUUCACAGUAAAUAUCGUAAAAGGCAUAAGAGUGAGUUCCAGCUUCUAGUGAAUCAGGCCAAAAAAGGAUACAAGAAAGCUGGCAGAAUGUCAAAAGCUACAGUAAUGAGAAGAGAUGGACCUGCAGAGAAACUGCCAUCUGCCAUCAUGGGACAAGAAGAUAAUGUAAACUUUUCGGAUACAGUCUCAGUAACAAACCACUUUCCUCAGUCGAAACUGGACUCCCCAGUGCAGCCGGAGCCUGAGAGACCAGAUGAUUCUUCCAGUUGUACUGAUAUUCUUCUCUCCUCAGAGUCAGAUUCCUGCAAUAGUUCCAGUUCGGACAUCAUAAGAGACCUUCUGGAAGAAGAGGAAGCUUGGGAAGCAUUUCACAGAAAUGAUCAGAACAGAGAAAUAAACCCACAACAGAAUCACCGCACGAGAGCCACCGAAAGUGCCGAGACAGAGCCAAGAAACAAGCGGAAUAGGAAUUAGUAUGGGCUUUCGCCAGCUUUUCCAUACAGUGACCAGAAUAUAGUUUUUAUUGCCAUGUUUAGCAAUGCCCAAUGACAAUGUUUAAUUAUAAUUGUAAUAGUUAAUUUAUUAUUUCAUUCUUCUUUGCCUUUCUAGAAAAGAAAACAAAAAAAAGUUAUAAAAUGAUCCUUGAGCUUCUUGGUCAGUUGCUUCCUUCUUUUAAGACAUUUCUCCCCUAAAAACAUAAUCACUAGCUUUGCACGGCAGACACAUUCCUCAUCAGGGGUGUUUGCUCGGUUUGACUCUAUUUCAGGAUGUUUCUAAGUCAUUUUCACUUUUCGCCAUUGGCGAACCAGCCCCAGCAAAAACUUCUUUUCUUCCUCAUGACAGUAAUAAGCUAGUAAGAAUAACAUGCUUUAUCGUAAUCUCUUUGUCUGAGUGCCUGUUGCCAGGCUGCUGGCAGUUAGUGGUCAGUACCUAAGUUGUCUGUUAGACACACCUGUGUCUUCAUAGCAUAGGGUUUUAUUGUAAAGUCACAAAGUUAGUUUUAUAAUUUUUAAAAAGGCAGGUAAGUUGGUAAUGUAAUUUAAGGUUACAGUCGUAGGAGCUCUGAAGCAUGUGUGUGUUCUUCUGAAGUGACACUUCACUUAAAAAAUAGUACUGCUAGCCCCUGGGGUCAGGGAGGUCUCUAACACUUUUACUCCCAGCUGUUAAACAAAACAAAUAAAUGGGUUUUACCAAUGAAUACACAAUUUGUAAUUUCCUUGAAAUAGUAUGUUGUAUUUGAAUAAAGGCUAUAA